AUGCACCACAACUCUUCGUGUCCGGCUCACUUUGCUACAGUAGAAAAGAAACACACCCCACUGGGGUUGGCUGGGGAUGAUGCCAAGUAUUCCCUGGCAGGUGCCAAAGUGAUUGUUGUGUGCCUCAACAGUAUACUUGUUGAUCGGCAAUGCCAUGAAGCUGCUGCACCGGUGGAUGGUGAGUUGAAGGUAAACCGACGGUUCCUCCUGUUCUGCCUGCGGCACGAGCUCAGUUUGGGUGUCGGGACGUUGGACCCCCUGUACAGGGCUAUCAUCUGGAGUCUGAACGUCGCCUACAGUGGGCGCUUUCCAAGCAAAGAUUGGGAGGGGAACGCGUUGAGUGGUGCACGCGCGCUUCGUGCCGGGAGUCCGAUAGCCGGUGGGCCUUAUUGCCUGACUGAAGUGAGGGGUGACUGGAAAUGGUUGAAGGAGAUCUUUGAUAUGAAGAACUUUUGGCGCCGGAAACAGGGGGUGUGCUUCAAGUGCAAAGCCAAUGCUGUUUAUGGACCUUAUUCGUAUGUGAACGUGGAGGACUACACAUCGGUUCCAAGGCUGUCGACAUCGGAGUUCUUUUCUGUAGCGUUGAAAGACUACAUCAGCCCCAUUUGUAUGGCGGUCGGGUGGCAGCCAACAAUGGUAAAGUAUUGCUUAAUGCACACUCUUCAUCUUGGACUUUGCCAUCAUUUGAAUGGCGGGGCUUGGCUUACCCUGGACGAGAACGGCUGGUUCGGAAAUGUUUGUGGAGUUGACAAGAAAAUGGAACACCUAACGCACCGUUUCCACAUGUGGUGCUCCCUUCAUGGAAUACAUCAUGGGCAACCCAUCAUCACAAAGGGGCACUUGCAUGUGGAGGAUUUUGCAGAGCUGCGGUUGAAGGCUUAUUCCUCUAGAAUCAUGACUGCAUUUUUAGCUGUAGUCCUCAAAGGGCUUUACCAAGAGCGUACGGAAGCUGGAGAGGCUUCCCCAGACUUAGCCCUGGUGACAACGGCAACGGCUCAGCUGGCCAAUUGGUCACUUUGCUUGGAACAAGCACCGUACAAACUCUCAGAUCGUGAAGCGCAGACUCUGUUCGACCAGGGUAUGGAGUUUUUGAGAACAUACAAACUCCUGGCUGUCCAUCACGUGCAGCUUAGAAGCCGGAGGUAUCCGCUCAAGCCAAAAGUCCAUGCUUUUGUGGAAAUCCUGCAUGAAAUGUUGGCCUUCAAAGAGUCUCCUCGAAUAAUUAUGUGUGGAAGAUGCCCCUGCAGUUAUUGA